AAAAAGCUUUACAGGCAGUUUUUUUAUCGCCAACAGCUGAAGGAAGCAACAUCAUCAGACAUCUGAAUCACCCGCAACACAGACAACAUCUCAGACAAUCAUCAGACUAAACCUAGAUAACAAAAUGUCCUGGAGUGAUAUCUUCUACCCUGGAAAUCCUGAGAAAAGGGAGCAGCUUAUCCGCAAAAGUCAACAGUUUAUCAACCUGAUGGAAGACAACUUCUAUGCCACAAACGAACUCAUUGAGGUUCUUAAUGAGUAUGUAGGAUGUCACUUCAGUAAAAUCACCCUAAAUGAAAGGGGCACUCUUAAGGAGAACUGUGAUGUAUUAAUUCAACGUAUCCGUGAAAUCCAGGUUGAGGUAGAAAAGAUUGAUAAGAGGCUGAAAAAUAAACUGGAGCCUACUUUGUAUGAAGAUUUGAAGAAGAUGGAUCUGUCCAUGCUUCUGAACAUGCAGAAGCACAUUAAUGCUGUAGAAAUUGCAAUUGGAGUUUUUGGGAGUGUAGCUGCAGUGAUUGUUUGUUGGUUACUUAAAAGUGGAUUUAUUUUUCAGACUGUAGUUACCAAGAUUGGUUUAAUUGCAUCUUCAAUAAUCGGAACCAUUACGAUUGGGGUGGUGUUCUUGGGAAUUGAUAUGAUUGUUCAGGCCAUCAUGGGCAGUAUUGAGCGUGAUCAGCUUGAGAGAACCUUAAAAGAGUAUGACACUGCUUUGGAGAAUUUCAAACCAGCGUCUAAAAAAUAUCAGUAUAGCGUAACCCAAGUCAAGGUAACAAUUGAAAUAAUGCAAAGUAAAUAAGUUCUAGGUUCUAAUCCGAGUUAUCAAUUCACUGAAUUAGAUAACAGCAUGUAUUGAAGAAUUUAUUAAACAAUAAUCCAAAUUCUACUUUUUAUAAUUUGUACACUAUUUGAACUGUGGAGUAUUUUGUUUAUUAUUGAGAAAAAUAUAUUUCCUGUUCCACAAUGUGAACUAUUCUAAACAUUAAACUAGACAAUGAGAGGCUUUUCUUAAGGUUCAUUUGUAUUUUUUUUCCAAAAUGUGGAUUUGACUUUUUUCAGAAAUGUUUGCUGGAAUUGAAAUGUAACCAGUGCUUAUAAUGACAACAUUGUGUCCAAAACUAAAAUAAAAAGGCCUUUUAUUUGUACUUUAUUUUCUUGCCAAC